AUGUCUCUCACUGAUAAAGAGUUACAAGAUGCAAAAAAUAACAUUUACAAGCGCUUGGAUGAUUGGGUUGAAGAAGCGAAAAAGAAAGAUCAACGAUACGAAAAUGGAAUUCAACGAUUGGUAUCAAAAUUUCCGACAGCAAUGGUGCGAUACAGAACCAAGGCACAAGAUGGUUGUCAUUUCAUACCGGUUACCAAAUCGUAUGAAGAAAGGCUUCGAUCUAUAUUCAUCAAUUCCAUGUCAUGUGUCCCGCCGGUUAUUGGGGAAUGCAGACGUCAUUAUCCUUCGGACCCACAAGCUUAUGUACCAGUGAGCUUCUCCGAGGAAAAAUACCUCCCGCCUCUGUUUUUAGAGCGACGGAAUACAACCUCGGAUAAUACUAUUGGAACCACAAGCCGUCAGGGAAACAGAUCUAAAUCUCGACAGCAGAAUUCCAGAAAAUGUCGGCAUAAGGAAUCCCGCCAAGGCGCUAGAGGCGUCGAUUCCAAAACUGGCCUGGAAUUCUUAGCCGGCACCAGCCCGAUAUCGCCCUACGAUGAUUACGAUGCCAAUGAAAAAAUCCACGAAAUUCAGGACAUCUUUCUUCGAGUGCCCUGUCACUAUUUUAAAUCGCCAGGGUCGGGGAAGAAUGAUGACGAGGCUGAUGAUACGAUGGCAGAAGAAAUUAACAAACUCAAUCUGAGCAUGUUCGAGGCUAAGUUUAGACAAGGUGUCCAUAUUUGGAAGUCGAAAAUGAAACAUAAACCUGGAGAUCCUAUAAAAUCUUCAGUUGGCCUAAAGAUCGAAGAGAAUCCGGUUCAAAUCGAGAAGGAAAAAAGAAAGAGUAUAGGCAAAGAUGGAAAGUUGCGAGAAAAGAGACAACAGAGAAAGGCGUCUCGUCUCAGAAGAAUGACUAUUUUGGAGGAAAAAUACAUCAAAAUUAGGGCCACACCAUUCCGAAGAUUCUGCCGCAUGAUCUACCACAUUGUGGCUCUUUUUAGGGUCACUUCACGUCAGCUCAAGAAAGAAGAGAAGAAGAACACAGUGUUCGAGAGAGUUGGAACUGACGGGGAAUUGUUGACCUUUGACCCACAGGAUUAUCGGUCAGCCUCUAAGACGUAUGGUGGAUUAACGCGAAUGGCUAGGAUAGCUCUAGCUAAACGUCAGAACGAACGAAAUGAUGUCGACAUUAUGGUUUUAUUGGAGGUGAUCAACAGGAUGCCGUUCUUCCAGAAAUAUUCCAUGUCCAUCAAGCGAGAUCUGGCCAAGUGCCUGGAUUACGAUAAAAUAGAUGCUGGCAGAGUGGUUAUUAGGCAGGAUCAUCCAGGCUUCAGGAUGUAUUUCGUUUCUUCAGGAUGUCUGGGUGUUCGUAUGCAAAUGAUGGACCCUCGAACAGUGACCCAAUGUGUUUUAUUUUGUCCUUUUGUCCGGAUGGGGUUCGUGGAUACAAAUUGUACCCUGUUGGGGUUUAUUUUAGGAGAGAAGAUCGUCCGACAGAUUAAAGAAUUCACACCUGGUUGUUAUUUUGGAGAACUAGCCUUGAUGAGAAAUAUCAAGCGAACUGCCACAGUCUACUGCAAAACGAAUUGUGAAUUAUUGAGCAUGACUAAAGAUAGUUUUAACAAAGUAUUACGAGACGCCUGGGAUUAUCUGAGAGCCGAGAGACUGGAGAUCCUGAAACAGUCGGUAUAUUUCCAGACUUGGGAACCACAGCAACUAGAAGGGCUGGCAGAUGUUACGGAACUCUGCGAUUAUCCGGAUAAUUGUACGAUAACUGGAGACCAUCCAGGUCUCUCAGAAUAUGUUUAUUUCAUCACCAAAGGCAAUUGUGUUGUUGUUCGAAGAAUUCAAAUGAUUCGUCAGAAAUCGCCACAUCUCGAAUCCACCCUUCAUCUACCGGAGGACGCCUGUGGUCCUAGUUUCUUCAGAAAGAACUACGGCAGAUACUGGCGUAAACAGACCCACGAAUACAGAUUCGCUACCAUGUUCAUACUCCAAACUGGUGAUUACUUCGGUGUUGGAGAGAAUCUUACAAAUACAUUUGUCAUAUCAAAAGGUAAAGCUCAGUGUCUGCGGGUCAACUCCGUCCAGUUUGAAAUCCAGACCCAUACUGAGGACUUAGUCAAAAUGGCCGAAGUUAGGGAACCAAUGUUAGUGUCUAACCAAUAUCUUUACUCAACUCUGAUGGCCACUAAGGCUUGGAAUAAAUACAAAAAGGAACUGGUUGAGGAGAUCGCCUCCAAGAGGAAAGUACCAACCACUACUAAAAUGGAAGAUGUGCCGUUAUCAAUUCGGGUUGCCCCACAAGUCUUACCGAAUUAA